CUGCUGCAAAAAAAUCCAAAUAUUUAUUGUUCAAAGAAAACUAAAAAGAAAAAAGAAAAUAAAUAAAUAAAUGACGAUACUGAAUACUUCUCUCUCUCUCUCUCUCUGCGGCUCUCUGUUUCUCUCCCUCUCUCUCUCUCUCUCUCUCCAGAUUCAAUCAACGAAAACCGCCCUCUCGUUAUCGUUAGUUUCACCAUCGUUAUUUCAAAGCACACACGUCACUCCUACCUUACUCACUCUACGUACUACAUAAGAGAGAGAAAAAUUGACCACAACAUAUAUAUAUAUAUAUAUAGAUACAUAUAGCUAGUGUAUGCUUACUACAGAUAGAUACAGGAGAUACACAGCCAUAGAUUCUGUAUAGCGAUCGAGUAUUGGCGGAGAGCGGAUUUCGAUGGCGGCGUCAUCGGUGAUGUGCUCUUGGCUAAUGGCCGCAUGCAUGUCCGUCGCCUGUGAGAGAGAAUCCGGCGUUUCUACGCUGUCGACGAACUCACCACGCCCCACCAACCGCCGCAAGAGGCUUCUCGCCAAAUGUGAGCCGCGCAUUGGGAAUCUCAUGAAUUCCUCUCUUACCUUAAAGCCCCUCCACCACUUGGAUAAAUCUCACGAAUGUUUCUUCGGCUUCGAAUCGAGGAAUGUUCCGAUGCAGCGCGGCCGCCGGAAAUUCCUCCGCCCCUCCGCCCUUUCUGGAGAAACGAUGGCAGUAGCUGUAAGUCCGGCCAUGGAAGUUUCACCCAAAAAGAAACCUCCAACCAAGCAAAGACGUGUGGUUGUGACAGGUAUGGGUGUGGAGACACCACUUGGCAGUGAUCCAGAUGUCUUCUAUAAUAAUCUGCUAGAUGGAGUCAGUGGAAUUAGUGAGAUAGAGGCUUUUGAUUGCUCGCAGUUUCCAACCAGAAUUGCAGGAGAAAUCAAGUCAUUCUCAACAGAUGGCUGGGUUGUACCUAAACUUUCCAAGAGAAUGGACAAGUUCAUGCUUUACAUGCUGACAGCAGGAAAGAAGGCAUUGGCUGAUGGAGGAAUUACAGAGGAUCUCAUGAAUGAACUGAAUAAAGCAAAAUGUGGUGUGCUAAUCGGCUCUGCUAUGGGUGGAAUGAAAGUUUUUUAUGAUGCAAUUGAAGCAUUGAGGGUCUCAUAUAGGAAGAUGAAUCCAUUUUGCGUCCCUUUUGCAACUACCAACAUGGGUUCUGCCAUGCUUGCUAUGGAUCUGGGAUGGAUGGGUCCAAACUACUCCAUAUCUACUGCUUGUGCAACAAGUAACUUCUGCAUACUAAAUGCUGCUAACCACAUCAUCAGAGGUGAAGCUGACAUGAUGCUUUGUGGUGGCUCAGAUGCAGCAAUUAUACCUAUUGGCUUGGGAGGCUUUGUUGCAUGCAGGGCAUUAUCACAACGAAACAGUGAUCCAACUAAAGCCUCACGCCCCUGGGAUAGUAGUCGUGAUGGAUUUGUUAUGGGAGAAGGUGCUGGAGUACUGCUCCUGGAGGAACUUGAACAUGCAAAGAGUAGAGGUGCAACUAUCUAUGCUGAGUUUCUUGGAGGAAGCUUCACUUCUGAUGCUUAUCACAUGACAGAGCCUCACCCACAAGGAACUGGUGUCAUUUUAUGCUUAGAGAAGGCUUUGGCUCAAUCAGGAGUAUCUAAAGAAGAUGUGAAUUAUAUAAAUGCACAUGCGACUUCUACUCCAGCUGGUGAUCUUAAGGAGUAUCAGGCUCUUCUUCAUUGUUUUGGCCAGAAUCCAGAGUUGAGAGUGAACUCCACAAAAUCCAUGAUCGGGCACCUACUUGGAGCAGCUGGUGCUGUUGAGGCUGUUGCAACCGUCCAGGCAAUCCGAACUGGCUGGGUUCAUCCAAAUAUCAAUCUUGAGAAUCCAGAUGAUGGUGUGGAUGCAAAUGUGCUAGUGGGGCCAACAAAAGAAAGACUCGACAUUAAAGUGGCAUUAUCUAAUUCGUUUGGGUUUGGUGGUCAUAACUCAUCGGUUUUGUUUGCUCCGUACAAGUAGAUUUUACUGUGCUUGUAUCUGGAUGAGAAUGAUGCAGAGGUACGUGUGUCUCAAGAUUUUACCGGGAAAAAGGCGCUCAACACAACUGUAAAGGCAUACUGCAUUUCUUUUCAGUGAUAUGCGAGGUACAUUCCUUAGUAAUUAGCAUCUCUUUCGAAGUUCGUUGCUGUGAUGUAUAUGCCUGUUAGAGGAGAGCAACCUUACUCUGUGUGCCAGGUGCAAGGUUUAGGUCAAUUCAUUGGCAGAGGCAGAGGUUGUGUUUGUGGAAUUAUAUUUCGUAUCGAGAGUAGUUUGCCUUGCUACUAAGAGGAUCAUCUUCCUACCCUCUCCACUGUUUUUGCUCAGCUUUUUUGUGCUAGAAAUGGGAUUAAUGAAACUAGUGUUCAUAAAA